GCCGCAUAUCUGUUCGAUGAUUGGUUGAUCCCGGUUCCCUGCAGCUCAUUGGCUGGGCGGCGCGGCGCCAUCUUGUCUGAAGCGGAGACGGGAACGGGGCAAGAUGGUGGCGUUCUGGAGGCAGGCCGGCUUGAGUUAUAUUCAGUAUUCUCGAAUCUGUGCACAAGCUGUGAGGGCUGCUUUAAAACCCCAGCUCCAAACGGAGGCCAAGAAAGCAGCAGAAGUAAAUGUCAGAGUCCACAAGCCGAAAGAGAGUGCGAUCUGAGCAACUUCCACAGACCUGAACUUCUAAAUAUGAGAACUCUUUGACCCAUCAUCCUGAAAGAUGGACCUACAAACUUGCCUGAAGACCGUAUCUGUAAAGUUGACCAAAUACUAAAUAAAAAUAUGGAUCUCA